GUCAUAGGGUAUAAGUCAGAAGCUACUCCGUAGACAAUGAAUCGGAAAAGAUGUUAUAGAUGACAGUGAGCGUACCCAGGGGAAUGCUCUGAGUAUAUGGGUACAUUUUCUGUUUCAACAAUCAAAACACUACAAUAGAUAGAGCUCAUUUGGGUAUAACAAAGAAAACAAACAUUUGGUGGGUUCAUAAAAUCAGGCUUCAUUCAAGUUCAAGUGCAGCUCCAGACUUUACUCCCUAUGACAUCACAAGUUUGAGACUUCCUUCUCUGAUUUAUGGCUUUGAGAGUGAGAGGGUAGCUUAUGUUCUUGGAUACUGAGUGAACUUUCCUAGGCCAUGAAAAUAACUAACUUUAAUCUUAAUUUAAGUGCUGUUUCCCUUUAAUGUGCCAUUGGGUGAAGGACAACUCACCUGUGUUUCCCUGAAUUUUAUAUUAGUAUUAUUCUUACUAUUAUUUUAUUACCAUCAUUAUUAUUAUUAUUGUUUUUGUUAUUAUAAAACAGCACACUGUGAUGCUCAUCAAAGGGCUUUUACUUUGAAAUGCAUAAACGGAAACGCAAGCUUUUAUUUUGACUGGCUGACUUCCUUGGUUCCCAUGUGUAUGUUUUCGGGCGGAGGCGUAACAUAAGUGCAAAUGGUGGAGAGAUGGGUCAAAUCGAGGAGCUAAAAGUGUUUGUCUCCGAGCGGCUACAUGCUGCCGCCUCUGACAUUUUAGGUGCUAUCGAAAAGACAAUAACGGAUUACGAGGAGCAGGCUUCCCGUCUGAAGGAGGAAAACGACCGCCACCGCUCUCUGUUGGACAUCAUCCUCAAAGCCAAGACACCGCGUACAGAAGCACGUCAAGCCACCAAAAGUACCCAUGCUGCCGCCAGCUCAGGUGCAUCAGAUUCAAGUCCAAGGCCUGAGAAACCCAAGUCCAGGACCAGAGCAUCGCACUUCCAUUCCAGGGACUGGCAGUGGGCCUUCACUUCACGCACCGACUUUAUAAAGUUUGCAGCCAUUGGCGACUGUCCCUACUGCUUGAGGAGAAUUCAAGCCACUGAGACACAUUUGAUAAAGAAACAUUAUCUAAAUGCUGUCCAUUUUAAUGAGGACGGCACUGAAAAAUUUGUCAUACCAUGUACAUGCGAAGACUUGAUUCAGGGCAGAAGUCACUGGCACUGCCCAUACUGCACAAAGAUCAUCAAUCGGAGAUGUAACUUUGAGAUACACAUAUCUAAACAACACGGCUCUAAAAUACUGCAGCAAAGCCAAGACACAGAGGUCAAUCAGCCCUCUGUCUCUGCCUUUGAGGAGGAGGUACCCCUGAGUCCUGAAACCUGGAGCCAGCAGUUCAGCAGUCUGAACCAGGAGAACCACCAGGCCUCACUGCUGCUUCAAGUGAAACAAGAGGAAGAACAGGGAAUGUGUAGACAAGUGAGUCAUGCUGAGUGGCAGAACUCUGUGCAAGUGGAGAUCGAAGGCAAGCAAAUGCUGAAAGGCAACAGUCAAAUGAGUCUGGAGGUAGAUCACACCCAAGAACCAUUAUACAACAUCGUCUGCGUGGACACUUGUAUUCAAGAUGUCAGUGAAAUCAACAGUGUGCAAAGCAGAGAGGAACAUCAUCUUCCUAAUUCUUCAAAUCAACCUCUGGAAACACAGCCUUACAGUGGAGUUGGUGGAAUACAGCAGCCAGCUGAGGACUCUCAGCGCACGACACCUGGCUCUAGUUUAAAGAGGAAAAAGCAUGUGAAAAAAUCUUCACCCUCUCUGAGUAAGAAAUCAACACAACCAUCUGUCAGUCGGAAUCCCCCAGGUCCUUAUCGUUGUAAAGCAUGUGGAGAGACUUUCCAUAACAUGUACACACUGAGGGGACACACGGUAUCACAUAUAGUGGAUGAAACCUGUAUUUGUGGAAUCUGUGGAAAACAUUUAGAGACCACGGACAGUUUGUUCCAGCACCUUCAGUUCCAUGCAAAGAGAUACAAAUGUGGUAUAUGUGGCAAACAAUUUUCUUGUAGCUUCCGUCUGAUACAACAUAAGAGAUUUCAUAGACCAAAGGGUAUAAAUGUCACGUCAUAGUCUCAAAAACUACACGAGCGGAUUCCUACAGACGUCCUAAAUGAAUCGAAAAGGGCUGUGAUUAUUGUUUCCUGAUGGACUACGUGGGAGAUACCACUCCAGUUGUGUACAUAUGGGAGGAGAAAUACUUCAGCCCCAGUGGUUGUUGGUGUUAAUUGUGUAUCAUUGUAUGCAAUUUUGUAGACUUGAAUUAAUAAAAUUUAAACCGUC